AUGGGUAAUAUAUCAUCCAUGGCUAGGGCCUCAACGGCUCUAGACUCCUAUGUCGCAGAGUUGGGCAAUGACAUAUCAUAUGAUAAAAGUCUUUCGUCUUCCCGAUUCCUCAAAACAAUCUUAGCUCGACAUGCCUAUGGUCCGAUAGUGUUGAAGAUAUUCAUAAAGCCUGAUCCGGCUAUGUCAUUGAGAGUGAUACAACGACGUCUGAAAACUGAAAGAGAUAAUCUAUCUGAUUUACCAAAUGUCAAUACGUAUCAAGCGUUUGUAGAAACUGAUAAAGCUGGAUAUUUGAUUCGACAAUGGGUGGGAUCAAAUUUAUAUGAUAGGGUCAGUACUCAGCCAUAUCUAGCUAGUAUAGAAAAGAAAUGGAUAGCGUUCCAGCUUCUCACCUGUCUAAGAGAUGCUCGACUAAGAAAGGUUGCUCAUGGAGACGUUAAAUCCGAAAACAUACUUCUGACCACAGAUUUAACACUUCUUUUAACUGAUUUCUCCAGUUCUUUCAAACCAACUUAUUUACCUUUAGAUGAUCCAUCAGAUUUCUCAUUCUUCUUUGACACCUCUUCUCGAAGAACGUGCUAUCUAGCCCCGGAAAGGUUUUAUACUUCCGAUUCUAAAUUGGCUGAAGAGAAAAGGAAGAUACCUGGAGAAGGAGAAUUUGAAGGAUGGGGUAAAAGAGAUGGAAGAGUAACCGAGGGAAUGGAUGUCUUUAGUGCCGGUUGUGUCUUGGCUGAGAUGUGGACGGAUGGAAGAGCAGUCUUCAAUCUAAGUGAAUUGUUCGCUUAUAGGGAAGGCAGCGUAGGACUGGAGGGGUUGCUGGAUAACAUCGAUAAUCACGAGGUCAAGGAGAUGAUUGCCCAGAUGCUAUCCAGGGAUCCUGCCUCACGACCAUCGUUCGAUCUGAUCUUAUCCACUUUCCGAGAGACCAUCUUCCCCGAAUACUUCUACACUUUCCUCAAAGAUUAUAUCACUUCCUUAUCUGAAGUCACUGAACCUGUCGCACCCAGUAGUAUGGAAACUACUUUCUUACAGAAAUCAGCCGGGCAAUGCGGAAUGAAGAUAGAUAGGAUGUUGGAUGAGUGGGAAAGUAUCAGUAUACAUCUGGAUAAAAAGGCUUCGGAAGAUGGACCCGCCCUCCUUCUGCUGAAUGUAGUCACAUCCUCCAUUCGAAAUUGUAUCUGGCCUUCUUCUCGUCUUCACGGCCUUCAGCUCUUUCUUAAUCUCCUUCCAUAUCUGUUUGACGAAGACAAGGUCGAUCGCAUUGUGCCAUUCAUUGUUGAACUUCUCUCAGACGAUGUCGCCAUUGUUCGUGCAGAGGCUUGCAGAACUCUUGUUAUCGUUGUGGAAUCUGUAAAUUCGAUUACUCCUCAAAAUUCAACUUUCAUCCCGGAAUAUCUUUUACCGCAAAUGCGACACCUUUCAACAGAUAGUGACGUCUUUGUGAGAGCCACAUAUGCGAAAGGAUUAGUAAGACUAGCCGAUGCGGCUGUAAAUAUGUUGGAAAUGAGUCAAGCUGCCAAAAAGAUAGGUGGACCGGGUCCCGAAUCUUCGGGUAUAAUCGAACCUGACUACGACUCUAUGCUCCAGGAGAUCCAAUCAGUUGUCGAAGAACAAGCUACCACCCUCUUGGUCGAUGUCGCUCCUCCUGUCAAACGUUCAACCUUAGCCUCCAUAUCGGACUUGUGCCUUUUCUUUGGUCGUCAGAAGUCCAAUGAAACGGUUCUAAGCCAUAUCAUGACUUAUUUAAAUGAUAGAGACUGGAUGUUGAGACUUUCUUUCUUCGAUGGAAUUGUCAGUGUGGGAGCUUUCAUCGGAGUCGGUGCGAUAGAGGAAUAUGUCUUGCCAUUAAUGCUACAAGCGCUCGCCGACCCGGAAGAAGCUGUCGUAGCCAGAGUGAUUGGUUCAAUGACUAGCUUGACUUCAUUAGGCUUAUUAGCCAGAAUGAGAUUAUGGGAUGUCUUCACUGCUGUUAGAGGGUUUCUUUGUCAUCCAAAUAUCUGGAUUCGGCAAGGAACCGCGGGAUUCAUCGCUGCUGCUGCUCGAAAUUUGCCUCCAACCGACGUUUGGUGUAUUUUGUAUCCUGGUAUUCGCACAAUGUUGCACUCUGACAUCAAGGAAAUGAGCGAGGAAAGCAUUAUGUCAGCUUUGUUGUCUCCUCUGCCACGAAGUACCCUUGUUGCAGCCAAGGUCGCUGCUUUGCACAAUACCCCUUCUGGAUACUGGAACAUCGCUACAGGCAAGGGAACAAGCAAAGCGAAUCUAGUCAAAGCCUCUCAGAGUCAGCCAAGCUCCACACAACACUUGCGAGACAAAGGCAUCACAGAACGAGAUGAAAAGAAGGAUUUUAUCGUAAAGCAGGCUCAUGCUUCCAAAGCUCGCGAAUCAACGGAGACAUCGUCAUCCCCUGAUGCAGAUCUUGUAGCUGGCAAAUCAGUAUCUCUGACUGACCUCGGCGUCACCCCGCAAACAAUUUUCAUCAGUCCACGAACAGUCGGCGUCGACGCCAAAGCCGAUCUAAAACGCCUACGACCUCAUCUCUCGGACUCACCUGCAAGCCGGCGGACAUCCUUUGCAAGCAGAAGUAAUCGCGGCCCUGUCGACAAUCCGCUUGAUGAAAUCCGAAAACGAUUGGCUUCGCUUGAGCCAUUGUCCAAGGCAGAUAAGACAGCUAUCGAACCUGCUUUGCCCUCACACACUGAGUCUAACGCCACACCUUCCGAGUCUGGGUUAUCAAAUUCCAUCGACCUUGCUGCGAUGACACGAGUGGGUCGGAAAAAGGUGGACUCAAAGGCCGCACCUGCCAUUGGCGCCUCCCAUACAAACGCUAUCGGUAUCAAUACCAUCCAUGAUGAACUGACAUCGGGUAGGAUGACUCCCAUAGCUACAGGAGUAUUCGUCCCGACCACACCUCGUACAGUGGCGCCUUAUAGUAGCUCUUACGAAGGUCAAGAUCCCGGGGUACGAGCAUUCUUAGAGCAAGUCGAUUUGGAAAAUUAUCGAGAACCACUUCUUGAUUUCGGCCCACGCAUAACGGCAAAUCAUAGGAAACGAACACCUAGAGUGAAGAACACUUCAUCAACACCUCAAGGAGUAACGAUGAUAGCUCAUCUAACACAACAUGAAAGAGCCAUAACGGCCAUCGUCACUUCGCCCGAUAACUCUUUCUUUGCUACUUCUUCACAAGAUUCUACAAUCCUCAUUUGGGAUUCUGCAAGACUUGAAAGAAACGUGGCAACGAAACCUAGACUCACAUACCGAAUGGACGCUCCUGUAGUUUGCUUGUGCAGAAUAGAAAAUACUCAUUGUCUCGCUGCUUCCGCUGAAGACGGACAAUUGCACGUUCUUAGGGUACACGUGACCAGCUCUGGAGGAUCGACGAAGUAUACUAGAAUUGAACGUAUACGUUCUUGGACAGUCGGUGAAGGGGAAGGAUACGUGAAAUUACUAUCCCAUCUCCAAGACUCGUCCCUUUUGCUGGUUACGUCAACUUCGAUGAUAGCGAUCCUCGAUAUAAGGAACAUGGAGAUCACAAAACGAUUCCAACAUCCGCUCGAGCUAGGGUUAAUCACAUCUUUCUGUUGUUCUACUCACUGGCUGGUCAUCGGCACUUCAACUGGAACUCUCAGUCUUUGGGACUUGAGGUUCGGUCUCCUGUUGAAAUCGUGGAAAGUCGGUGGAGAGGUGUCAUCUCUCCGAAUACACCCAUCAAGAGGUAAAGGAAGGUGGAUCAUGGUUUCCAUCAUCCCUCCUGCUCUACAGGGCAAAGCGACGUCGACUGAUAGCAUUGAUGACAAUUCCGGAGCUUUGGUUGAAGUGUACGACAUAGAAUCGUCUAGAUUAAUGGAAAUAUAUGAAGUCCGAUCUAAUCGACCUAGUAAGAACCCUGAACCACCAAAGGAGGUUGAAGAUACGGUUCCUGAUAAAUCAACAUAUAUAUCUCAACUUGCUCAAUCCGCAGGUAUGGUUGUAGAUAAUCUGACCAAGACGAUGACCUCGGAAGAUUUUAUUGGUCCAUCUCCAAGUCAUCCUUCACCAAGAACAGUCUUAGACAUGGUAGUAGGACAGACCUGGAGUUCGUUACCCAGAAAUGACGAGAACCUCUUAAUGUCUGUUCCUGAGUUGGAAUUGAAGAACAACGGUAUUGGUUCCUCAUCAAAUGGGGGUCCAGGUUGGAUGAUCACCGCUGGUGAAGAUCGAGCGGUUAGAUAUUGGGAUUUAGUGAAAAUUUCGGAUGGUUUCGUCGUUUGUGGAUCCCAAAAGGAAAAGGAUGUCGCAUUCAAGCAAAUCACCAAUAAUGGUCCAAUACAUACAUAUACGAUACCAAACGUACAUCGGCAUCCGAAUGUGCCGACUAAAGAAAGAGAGAGACAACCCCUACGUCCUCAUUACGAUGCGAUAUGUACACUCGGAACGGUUGAAACUCCUUUUAGUAGCUGUGUCAUCACUGGAGAUAGGAGUGGCGUAGUGAAGGUCUGGAGAAUGGAAGGGGGCAUUGUAUCGAAUCGGUGA